AUUACAUGUGCUCAGAGCCCUUUGCAACUUCUACCUGGUUGCUAUGAGCUCCGCUUAGGAGUUGACUCCGUCGAGACGCAGCCUAUCUCCUCUCGAGCUGCUGCCAAUCUACUGGGCUCAAAUUCUGGAAUUACUGAGAUUCAGGGUGCUCCUGUAUCCACGUGCCUUUUCGAGUCAAGUAGUGUCGAUGGCCUUGGCAGAUCCAGUGUUACGGAUGCUGGGGCUCCCUCGGGUCGGAUAGAAUGGAUCCAGGCUUCUGAUUCUGAGGAUCCACUCUCCGAUACCGGAUCCUCUAAGUAUCAACAUAAUUCCAGUAGUCGCAUGCAUAAUGGUAAUAGUUCAUGCAGUGGUUUCCGUUUUCCUGCUUCAUCCAGCGCCCUUGACGAAUACGCUAAGUGGCCAAGACUGCGAUUUCGAGUCAUCUGGCAUGAGAUGGAAUCCGACUCAUUACCGUCCACAACAUCUAAUGACACAACAUCGUCAGAGCUUCCUGGCCGUUCGUCGAUUGACGACAAGGAUCAUUUCGUUGAUGACCAAGGUAAUGCGCUGACGAGAUCUAUGGAGCCGCGGACCCCGAUUAUUAAUGAAUUACUUGCACCCGCUGGAAGUCAUCGUGUCUCUCCGAGGCGAGGUUGCGUUCUUAAUUCUCCUCUCGGACGUCGUGUCUCAACUCUAUCCUGCGACAGCUAUACACCUACACGCUCCGGACAAAACUCAGGACUUUCUUCGCCCUCUUUGGUAUCCGUACGGACUACGCGCGCCGGUUUUUCAGCUCUGCCCUCCGACCAACUGCCGCAUCACCACCUUCAGCCCCAGCAGAACCCACAUUUGUUGCAACCACAACAGCGUGCGCUUGUACAAGCCUGCAUAGUGCGUCACUCUGCUCCCCGAGCCCGUUGGUCCUCUCCGCCAGCGCCAGCCUUCACGGUCACCUAUCGGUUCGUCUACGCCGAUCGCCUGCAGCAGUGGAGCGAAGCGCAGGACCUAGUCUGCCCGUGGUGCUAUCUGAGCACCGGACGGGCAAAGUCGAAAGGUAUUCGUCAAGCCAGCUCGACGCUAAUGAAUACAUCUUUUCGACAUCUUAAUUGUCACUGCGGAUUCUUUUGCGGAGGAUUUAACUGUUUACCAAGAUUGUCCGGGCCUUCAUGA